GUAAAAUCCAAUUAAUAUAUAAAUUAUGAAAUUGUACAAGCAGCAAAUUAUUUGUGAUUAUUGUCGUGGUGUGCAAAUAUCGUUCUCACAAAAUGGCUAAUUAUGUUAACUCGAUUCGCGGCAGGCCAAAGUUGGUGUACGACAAUCAUUUAUUCACGUAUGUGAAAAUGACAAAAGAUGAACUACAUGCAAUUUGGGUUUGCGAAAAACGUGAUGUGUGUACAGGUAGAGUGUGGACACAAGGAAAAGAGGGUGAAGUGGUUAAGGUGGUAAGAGGCCAUAAUCACGCAGCACAAGCUGGACGUCCAGAAGCCGUUCGUACUAUCAACGGUAUAAAGGAACGUGCGGUUGCAACUCAUGAAGCACCACAACAAAUCCUGGCGACGGCCGUCGCUGAAAUUCAUGCGAAUGUUGCUGCUUUGCUGCCGCGUAAAGACUCUUUAAAGAGAGUUAUUCGAAGUGCAAGAAAUGCGGGUGAUGCGCCUGCUAUCCCUCGAGAUGUACAAGACCUUAUUCUGCCUCAAGAAUAUAAAGAAAUCGCUGUCAAUGGUAUCAUUCAACAGUUUUUAUUUUACGAUUCUGAAGCUGAACUAUUACCUGGUCGGAUGCUAAUUUUUUCUACACCGGAAAAUCUGUUGCUCUUGUCACGUAGUAGAGAAUGGUUUGCAGAUGGGACUUUCAGCACUGCUCCUUCUCUUUUUCAACAAAUUUACACUUUACAUGUGGUGCAAUACAAUUCAGUUAUUCCCGUCGUGUAUGCUCUGCUACCAAACAAGACAAGAGCAACAUACGUGAAGUUUCUUCGGGAAUUGAAGCGUAUUCAAGUGGGACUGCAACCAUCUGAGUUGAUGAUGGACUUUGAACAAGCUGCAAUUCAAGCAUUUGAAUUGGAGUUCCCACAACUUCGAAUAACGGGAUGUUUUUUUCAUUUAACACAGUCGAUAUGGAGAGCAAGAGCAAGGUUUGAAGGGUCGAUAUGAACAAGAUCAUGAAUUUGCUAGGUGGAUUCGAAUGAUCCCUGCAUUAGCGUUUGUUCGCUCCGAGAACGUGGCCGGCGCUUUCGAAGAAUUAGUAGAAAGCGAACAUUUUCCAAGAGAGGCGAUCGUAAUUGCAAAUUAUUUCGAAGAUACUUACAUCGGUCGAAGACAACGACGCGGGCGGCAAAAUCCACUCUUUGCAACUCCGUUAUGGAAUAUGCUUGAACGAACACUUGCCGGACAGCAGCGAACAAACAAUGAUGUGGAAGGGUGGCAUAGAAGUUUUCAGGAAACAU